AUGGUUGACAGGUCGGUGAAAAGACCGGUGGGAAUUUUGUAUGAUGUUCUGGUUAAAGUUUCUAGCUUUAUAUUUCCAGUGGAAUUUGUGAUUCUGGACUGUGAUAUGGAUUUCAAAGUUCCCAUAAUCUUAGGUAGACCGUUCUUAGUGACUAGGAGAGUGCUAAUCUAUUUGGAGUGCAAUGAGGUAAAAUUAAGGCUCAAUGACGAAGAGGUUAGCUUUGAUAUGUGCCAAUCUAUAAAGCAAUGGAAGGAGAUGAGUGUUGUUUCAGUUAUUGAUGUGUUUUAUGAAAGUGAUCAAGAGCAGCUACAUUUCAAAGGUGAUUCCUUCUACUUGUGUUUGGUAAAUUUGGGGAAGGCUUUGCAGCAAUGUGAGGAAUUCAAUCUUGUUCUAAAUUGGGAGAAGUUCCACUUCAUGGUGAAGGAGAGCAUAUUAUUGGAACACAAAAUCUCAGCAAAAGGAAUUAAGGUUGAUAGAUCUAAGAUUGAAGUUAUUGAAAAACUACCUCUUCCUAUCUCUGUUAAAGAAGUUUAUAGUUUUCUUGGCCAUGAUGAAAAGUUGGUUGUUGCAACUGUCAUUAUUGCUCUAGACUGGUCUAAGCCAUUUAGAGUGAUGUGUGAUGCAAGUGGGGUUGCUCUCGAAGGUGUUUUGGGGAAAAAGAAGGAGAAGUUCUUUUGCCCCAUUUAUUAUGCUAGUAAGGGUUUUAAUGGUGUAAAAAAGAAUUACACUGUGACAGAAUAA